AUGCAGCUGGAACUUCUGUGUAAGGAGCAGGACUUCAAAUAUUUUGGGAUGGACAAGGUGUUUGAGCCCCUCAUUAAAGACCUGAAAGCUCUUGAGGAAACUGGCAUCGAGAUAAGUAAUGGGAAAAUUGUCAGAGGUCGACUGUGUCCUAUUUCGGGUGACAAUUUAGGGUCUCACAGUAUUGGUGGAUUUGUUGAGAACUUUAGUAGACAUAUGGCUGCAGCACAGGAGGAGCUCAGGAGGGCUGUCCUGGCAGUACUUCCGGACCUCCCUCCAGACACAUUAAAUACAUUGAUGGCAGGCCUGGAAGAACUUGGUGUGGAGAACAAGGAAGACAUGAGCCUUCUAAGUGAAGAGAAUCUUCUGCCCUUUCUCCGUGUGGUCCAGUGUAGAAAGCUCCUCCGUUCCUUUUCAUCUCAAGGUUCCUUCUCAGCCCCAUCUCCUCCUGGUUCUCUACAACUCUCCUCAACCCUGUCCCCUGUGGGAAAUCCACAAUUCUCCUCACCUGAGACACCUCGAACAUCCAACCCAAUAACUCUGCCCUCACCACGCACACCAUGGCCUAGAAAUUAUAAGGUAAACUGGGGCAAGAUGACAUCAGAAAUCCAGUCAGCCAUUGCAAAUUCCACCAGACCAAAUCCUGCCGCCAGAAGAGCAAUGGUCAGAGAGCUUGUUGAUCAAAUGAGGGUGCACAACGCAAAUCCAAAUAGAGGGAUCUGUUUGAAAGUUGUAAAUGACAUAAUACAUCAGUACCCUGCAUGUUUUGGGGAUGUGAAUGAUGAUAUAAAUACAGCUGGAGCAUCACUUGUCCAGCAAGUAAAAACCAGAAUUGAGCAUGUUAACCGAAACAACACAUUGGCACGGUUAAGAAAGAAUAUGUACAGCAAUCAACAUGCAAAGACAAAUGGAAGAGGUCCUGUUGAUCAAUAUGGAUGUGUCCGAUGGGCACCUCAGGAACUCCCCUCGGGGGAGACUGAAGAAACCCUACAAGAGAUGAAGACUCAGAUGCAGCAGCUAUAUGCCCAGGAAAGAAUGUCGGGCGUGGAGAGAGGAGCGCUUCAGAGAUGGAUUCAGAGAACCUACAUUCUCCAGCGUUGUGAUCUCAAUGCUUACCCUCCCCACAACAUCUCAAAAAUAAAGCAGGACUGGCCCUUUCUCUUCUCCUUGAACGGCCUGUUCACACACUUCAGUGAACUGACUGGAAUUCCUAUCCACGAGAAGCUGCCAGCUGCCAUAGACAACAGGAGUCAGAACAUCAUAGAGUACUUCCAACAACAGAAGACACCAGGUGUGGGGAAAGUUCUGGAAGCCUACAAUGAAGAAAGUGGCCACAAAGCUAUUUGUGUCAUCAUGUGCCUGCUUGCUCACUUCAAGGAGGGAGAUGGCAUCUUCCUUAUGGUUGAUACCUCUGCCACGACUGCCGAUAUCGAGAGAACUGUCACACUGCCAAGCACCGGCCUCGAUUAG